UCCUGAUCUUCUGCCUCCAGGAUUCCAAACUGUUGGAAGUUGGACAGAUUCCAGCCUCAGCUCCUGGGAGGAUCAAGAGAGCCCCGCCCUAAGCAAUGGAGAAGGGCCACCUCAAAAGCAAAAAUGAAAAAGAACACAACCUCAAAGUCAAGGGAACUGCCCGCAGCUUGAACAAAAUGAAGCAGACCAAACUCACCGUGGGCAGCCUGGGAUUGGGCCUGAUCAUCAUCCAGAAUGGGCCUUACCUGCAGAUUACUCACCUCAUCAAUAAAGGGGCUGCAGCCAGUGACGGGACACUCCAGCCAGGUGAUGUUCUGAUUAGUGUUGGGCAUGCUAACGUGUUAGGAUAUACCCUCCGUGAAUUUUUAAAGCUUUUGCAAAAUAUCACCAUAGGAACAGUGAUACAAAUCAAAGUUUACCGAGACUUCAUUGACAUACCCAAGGAAUGGCAAGAUGUGUAUGAUUUAAUCCCUGAGACCAAAUUUCCAGUUUCACACACACCAAAGAAAAUGGAGAGAGCAAAAGAUGAGCCUUUUGUAAGCAGAGAUGACCAUGAAGAUGUAGUUUUAGAUAAAAGACUGAAGUAUUACAGAUAUCCUCGGUCAGUUUGGAAUCACCCUGUAAGGAUUCCGGUAUCAAUCUCCACAGAAUGGCAUGGAUAUAAAAAGAAGGACCAUACUAUUAGUGUUGGCAAAGAUGUUAACUGCGAUGUAGUAAUUCACAAAGAUGACAAGAAAGACCUGAGGGCCCCUUCUCCAUACUGGACAAUGGUGGAGCGAGAAAAUGCCAUCUCCUCCACCUCCUCCUCCUCCUCCGCCGCUUCCUCCAACUCAGAUGCCUUUUGGUUGGAGGACUAUGCACAGGCUGAGAAGGGUGAAAGUCAAAAGGUAUCAAAGUUUGGUUAGGUAUUGGUUUGCAAAUCUGUGGCCACAGAAAUUUUUAUUUUUAAAUAUCCAUUUUUUUGUGCCUUACCAUGUAUAGGUUUGUAAAAUUCCUACAGCACUUAGCAGCUCUGAGAUUGUACGAAAAGGCCUUCAUAGACUUUCAGUUAAUAGCUCAGAACUUCCUUCCUGUGGUCUUAGGGUUCCACAGAUCUGUUCUCAGAUAACAUCAUUGUUCACUCGACUUUUACAUCAGGUAGAGGAGCCCAAUCAUCAGAAUGGCUGACCAUUUGUCUUUUAAGGUAAAGUUUUCUUUGUGUGUUUUUGGGCUGGUUGUUUACAUUACAACCCUGCCCCCACCCUUUCAGUGAUACCUUUACUUGGAAUGUCAGACUGAGAGUUACUUAAAGGAGACAGGACUGAAACAGGUGAGCAAGAGACUGCCACAGACAAGGGAAGGCAGACAUAAAUGAUGUUUCUUAUCUACACAUCUACACAAAGGGGGCAAAACCCAGACUGUUCAAUUGCUGUUAUCCCCAAAUAAGCAAUUUUAAACUUGUUUUUAUUUAAAAAAGCCACCAAUAACAAUCUGGAAUUACUUUUA